UUUAGUGCUUUAAAAUAUAAAAAAAUGAGCAGACCGAAAGUAUUCUUUGAUAUUACUCUUGGUGGCAAGGCGGCAGGUCGCAUUGUGAUGGAGCUGUUUUCGGACAUCGUUCCGAAGACGGCGGAAAACUUUCGUGCUUUGUGUACUGGAGAGAAAGGAAUGGGACAUAGCGGAAAACCUUUGCACUACAAAGGAUCUAAAUUCCAUCGUGUUAUUCCAAACUUUAUGCUUCAGGGAGGUGACUUCACUCGUGGAAAUGGCACUGGUGGCGAGUCUAUUUAUGGAGAGAAGUUUGCCGACGAAAACUUCAAGGAAAAGCACACUUGCGCCGGUCAAUUGUCUAUGGCCAAUGCUGGACCUAACACCAAUGGAUCUCAAUUCUUCAUUACGACUGUUAAGACUGAGUGGCUCGAUGGGAAGCACGUUGUUUUUGGCAAAGUGAUCGAAGGAAUUGAGGUCGUCAAAGCUGUUGAGGCUAUUGGUUCACAAAGCGGCAAAACUAGCAAGGAUGCUGUCAUCGCCGACUGUGGUCAAUUGGCUUGA